AUGCAAUCUGAAUUAGAUUUAUUAGAAGAGGAAGCCACAUUAACUGAGCUUAAGGCUAAGAAUGCAGAACUUAUGGCCGAGAAAGCUAAACUUGAAACUAAAAAUGCAGAAUAUAUAAAGCUUAAGGAUGAGACUGCAAAGCUUAAGACCGAGAAUACCAAACUUUUAAAACAAAUUAUAGAGAAAUAUGCUAAAAAUAAGGCUGAUAUUGUAAAAUUAAAAACCGGUUUGCAGUAUCCAAUCCUCUUUGAGCGUAUUAAGGUGACAAUUCUUGAGCUUGAAGAAAGGAAUGCAAUAUUAAGACCAAUUAUAGAGGAAUUUGCGAAGAAAUCGGAAUAUAACUAUCUUGUAACUGCCUUUGACAAGAAAAAUCGCAAAUUCCAAGCUAAAUGUAUUAAAAUAGCUGAGGAAAUUCUUGAUGAGGAACCGAUAAUUGAUUGGUAUAAGGAUGUUAAAAAACUCGAAGACAUUGUUAAUCGUGAUCGCCUAAAAAGGUGCCUAUGUCAAGAUAAUGGAAUCUUCCUUCUUGAGGUAUGGUAUGAUGAAAACCCAGAAAUUGUCAUUCCUCAAAGAAUACAAAAAAUUAAUAAUCGAACCAGCCUGAACAAAGCUUUGACGAGAAAGAACGAUUAUUGGUUAACAAAUUUACCUAAUCGCAAACUCAAAUGUCUGCAACAUCAAACAAGCAAUUUAAGUCAAGACACUAGGACCGGAAGUUCUUUUCCUUCAGUCGAAGAAAUUAAAGAGUGGGCACCUGCACAAAUUGUUAGUUUCUUAGAGUCUAGAAAUCUAUAUCUUACGAAUAGUGAUAUCGAAAUGAUCAAGAAAAAUAGUAUCGCCGGUGAAGACUUUCUUCUCUUGAAAGAAAAUGAUCUCUAUCGAAUUGGAUUACCUAUUGGUCCAGCCAGAAGAAUAAUACAGUUAAUUAAGAAAAUUUCGAGAACACCUUUAAUGGAUAGGCUACCUACUAACCUUGUACACGUAUUUAUUGAUAAUUCGAAUAUCUGGAUUGAGGGAAAAUACACCGUUGGAAACCUCGAGCGGUUAGGUACCUUCGACUUUGACAGAAAUUCCUAUUACUUUAAACAGCUCCAGAUCGAUCAUGGUAGACUUCUCACCACAGUUCAAUGCGAACGCAAACUAGGUGGUGCACCAUUCUUGGUCGGUUCCCGACCGCCUCCUAAUGAUUCAUUGUGGGCCCGCAUUAGGGAUCAAGGUUUUGAGGUGAAUAUAUUUGAUCGGGACGUCAGAAGCCACCGUGAAAAGGAAGUCGACACAGAACUUGUAAUAUCAGCAACAGAAACAAUUACGUCCAAUGAUCCUGGUGUUUUAGUUCUGAUUGCCGAUGAUAGGGAUUAUAGACCUCUAGUAAAACGAGCACUGAAACACAAUUGGACUGUGGAGACAUGGUUUUGGAAUUCAGGAGUUUCCAGUUUCCUUAAGUCAGAUACGAAUUUUCGAUCUUUGGACAAUUGUUAUCGUUCCUUCUCAUAUGGAUUAGGUCCUGAUCUCACUGAGAAAAACAAAGUUCUUGAGGUUACUGAUGGUAACGUCAUUCAAAGUUUGAAAAAUGAAGAUGUAUUGGAAUGGUUUAAUACUUUAAACUUGUUCGGUUGGUGGGACUGGGAGAGUUAUAGAGCUAUGCGAUUUUAUUUUAAUAAUUCGAAUCACUUGGAGACGAAGGCUACGAAUAAAGUUGGAAGAAAAAAGGUAGGAGAAAUAUUACCUAUUGCUAUGCUAAACUUCUACAAAAAGAAGAGUAAAG